AUGCGCGGUCACGUCCACCACUUGAAUCUAUUAGUGCUAAGUGCCGGCCUUUUGGUCCUGCUGGGGACCACUACCAUCGCCCAGGCCGCACCCGAGGCGGAUCCGGAUGUGGAUGUACAGCAACUGACUCUGGCGGAUGUAAAUCAGGCAACGGAGCAGCAGGAGAUGCCGGCUGUGCGCCUGGCCAGGCAAUUUGGCUUCGGCCGGAGAGGCUUUGGCGGCGGCGGAUUCGGCCGAGGUGGCUUUGGCCGAGGCAGGGGAGGAUUCUGCUGUGGCGGCGGCUACGGUGGGUUCCGGCGACCCGGUUUCGGUGGUGGCUUCGGUAGAUUCUACCCACCGCCGCCGCCGCCCUUCUUCGGCGGUCCCUUCUACGGCUAA